AUGGUGUCAGGCCUGUCAGGCCCCAUGCGCCGCGUGCUGCUGAGCUCGCAACGCGGUGCCGGUGUCGCGAGUCUCUUCCAGCCCUCUCCUCUCCUGCCCCGUGCCAACAACCUCUCUGCGGCCUUCACACGAGCCAAGGGCACGACUUCGAACCAGACCACGGCCUCGAGCCUCGUUUCCCGAGCCACCCGUUCCGUCGUUCCCGCCCAGCACGCGUCCUUGCGCUUCUUCCCCGGUGUCGCUCGACACUACGCAGCAAACAAGGUUGUCCAGAAGGAGAGCCAGAUUGCGGAGGCUGGAGCCAGCAAGACCAAUGUGCUCAAGCUCGACGAGUCCGGAAAUGCCGUGCAGCCAGAGGACAGCCUGGGCAGGAGCGAGAAGGGAGCCAAAGCCGCCGAGUACAACUAUUCAGCCCGACUCAGUAAGGAAGGGAAGGACGACACGAAAGGCUGGCGCGCUUUGAAAGAGGUCGGACGUCUGCUCCGCUUCGCACGCCCAGAGCUUCUGCCGCUCACCGGUGCCAUUGUGUUGCUCUUCACGUCCUCAGCUAUUACCUUGGGCGUGCCUUACGUUGUGGGAAAGAUUAUGGAUCUCGCCACAACGACCACCUUCGAGGACACCCGCAUCUUUGGUCUGACCCUGUACCAGUUCUUCCCGGCCUUUGCGCUGUUCCUGUCUGUCGGCGCGUGCUCCAACUUCGGACGCAUAGUUCUGCUCCGAAUCAUUGGCGAGCGCGUGGUCACGCGCCUGCGCUCCCAGCUGUUCCGCAGGACCGUCAACCAGGACGCAGAGUUCUUCGACGCAAAUAAGGUUGGCGAUCUGAUCUCUCGACUUGGCUCCGACACUGUCAUUGUUGGAAAGAGCAUCACGCAGAAUGUUUCCGACGGACUGCGAGCGUUGAUCAGCGGCAUAGCGGGGCUGAGUGCGAUGACUUGGAUCAGUCCUGAACUCUCCAUGACGAUCCUCUACGCAGUCCCCUUCAUCGGUACGGCUACAUUUCUCUAUACUAGAGUCAUUAGACGGCUUAGUCGUACCAUGCAAGCGAGACUAGGUCAGCUGACCAAGGUUGGGGAGGAACGGCUCGGUAACGUGAGGACGAGCCAGAUGUUUGUUGGCGAGGCUCAGGAGGUCGGUCGCUACAACAAGCAAGUGCGCAAAAUCUUCAGUACCGGCGUCAAGAUGUCCAAGUUCGAUGCCCUGUUCUACUCGUGGAACGGUUGGGUAGGGCAGAUGAUGAUAAUAGCAUUACUCUGGUCGGGCGGCGGACUCGUGCGAGAGGGUAUCCUCACGACAGGCGAUCUGACCACCUUCAUGAUGUAUGCGGCGUGGGCCGGAUCGAGCGUCGGCGGAGUUACUAACUUCUUGUCCGAACUGAUGAAGGGUGUCGGUGCAGCGACUCGAUUGUUCGAGCUUCAAGACCGAAAGCCGACCAUCCCUUUGACGAGGGGAAACAAGAUUACGUCGGCUAAGGGUGCCAUUAAGUUCUCCGACGUCGGGUUCGUGUAUCCUACCCGUCCGAGUGUCUCGGUAUUCAAGAGGCUCGACUUUGAGAUUCCUGGAGGAAGCAACGUCUGCAUUGUGGGUCCGUCGGGAUCAGGAAAGUCAACUGUGUCGGCUCUCAUGCUACGAUUCUACAAUCCCACGACGGGUAUCAUCACGCUCAAUGGGGAGGACAUCACCAAGUUCAACGUCAAGCAACUGCGUCGAAAGAUCGGGGUGGUGUCUCAAGAACCGGUCCUGUUUUCUGGCACCAUCCAAGAAAACAUCGCGUACGGCAGGCCUGGAGCUACUCUCGCUGAAAUCAAGGAGGCGGCUCGUAGAGCGAACUGCACUUUCAUACAGGAUCAGCCACAGGGUUUCGAGACGGCGGUCGGAUCCAGGGGCGCACAACUAUCCGGUGGACAGAAGCAGCGCAUUGCGAUUGCCAGGGCCCUCAUCACCAAUCCAGACAUCCUCAUUCUCGACGAGGCGACCUCGGCUCUCGAUGCUGAGUCUGAGACGGCGGUCAACGCUGCUCUCGCAACAGUCAUGGACGGCAACAUGACCAUCAUCUCGAUCGCGCACCGUCAAUCGACGAUCGCAAGAUCGGACCGGGUGAUCGUGCUGAGCAAACAGGGCACCGUCGACGAGGUCGGAACCUAUGCAGAGCUCUACGCGAACAAGGAGAGCGCUCUCAGCAAGCUGUUGGAGCACCAGAGAACGGGGGCGGGAUUCCCCGACCCCCGCAAGUCACAGCCUCCCGACCUUGUGGAGGAGGAGGUGACUGAGGAGGAGCUGCACGAGCACGAUGAAGAAGACGCCGAUGAUGCCGUCAACGAAAAGAAGUCGCGAAAGUGA